UCCGUUUCUGAUUUCACUUAGCGGAGGAGGGCGGGAAACAGCAGAGAGCAUUUGCGAUAAAUUCCUCCCCCUCGCUUCGACCCCCCCCCUCCCCCCCCCAUUUUAUUGUAAACCCUAGAUAGCGAUCUUCGAUACUCAUCCCCAAAUCCUCUUCUCUUACAUCUUCCCGAACUCCAAUUUCGUCUGUAAAUUCGCGAAUCAGAGCCAGACGCAGCAGAUACGAGAGAGUUUUGCGAAUCGCUUUCGCGGAAUCUCUCUCGCUCCCUGUCUCUUUCUCUUUCUUGCGUUUGUUUUCGUCCAAAUUCGCGAGCCAUAGCAGUCAUGGCGCAUGCUCGCAGCAAUUCAAAGAGCAAUGUCAUGGUCCGGAAUUCGAAAUGCGAAGAAGUUGAAGUAGCCGAUGUGGCAGAAGUAGGAGGAGCGGAAGAAGGAAUUCAGGACGAAGAGAGGCGGGGGCAGCAGCAGCAAGAGGAGGAGGAUAACGCCGAGGAGAAGGGGACUCCGAUCAGGUACGUUCCGCUCUGCGAUUUGUACUCGGCCACAUCUCCUUGUGUUAGUGGAUCCUCCAAGGGUCUUAUGUCGAAGAAGGUCAAAGCCCGAAAGCUAGACCUCCAGCCUCACCCUCGAACAAAGCCCUCGCUUCCUACUCCGCCGCCAUCUGCUUCCUUCUCCGAGCGGCCUGCGAUCGUUCACGUCUACUCCCGCCGCGCCCGCCCCGCCAAGAGGCCUCGGCAUUCCCUCGAUUCCUUUAUGCCGCACUCCCCUUCCGGCUUCAAUGGUUCAUAUGUGAAGCAAGAGCAAGAAGACGGACAAGAUAAUGUCGCUGAAAGGUUGACCCAGAAGAAAAAGUACGGGCGCGAGGGCAGCUACCGGAACACUGAGCUCAUCAGACUUGGUGUUGAGUCGGGCGUAUCAGCAUUACGCCCGGAUGGACCUCGACUGAGAGAAUUGCGCCUUUCCAAUCCUAAUGUACAGAAUUGUAGCCAGAGGAAAAGGAAACGCCAAAAUCUUCAUACUGAUAAGAACUGGGUCCGGUUGAGUUUUGAUGGCGUCGAUCCUGAGAAAUUCAUUGGAUUACAAUGCAAGGUUUACUGGCCUUUGGAUGCUGAUUGGUAUACAGGUUACGUGGCUGGAUACAAUGCAGAGACAGUUCAACACCAGGUUGUAUAUGACGAUGGUGACAAAGAGAAUAUCAUUCUUUCAAAUGAGAGAAUAGAAUUUUGUGUUUCUCAUAACCAGAUGCAGAGUUUAAAUUUGAGUUGUAGCACUAAGGCUUCUAAUGCAGAUGGCCAUAGUUUUAGUGAGAUGGUUGUGAUGGCUGCCACUCUUGGUGACUCUAAUGACUUCGGCACUGGAGAUAUCAUAUGGGCCAAAAUUACUGGUCAUGCUAUGUGGCCAGCAAUUGUUGUGGAUGAAUCUCUUCUCAAAAACUGUAAAGGUCUUGGUGGAACUUCUGGAGAGAAAUCAGUUCCAGUGCAAUUCUUUGGUACCCAUGAUUUUGCAAGGGUUAAGCAGAAGCAAGUUAUUGCAUUUCUCAGAGGACUUAUAUCUAAUUUCCAUGAGAAGUGCAAGAAGCCACAUUUUUUCCAAAGCUUGGAAGAAGCAAAAUUGUAUCUCAGUGAACAGAAGCUUCCAAAACGAAUGCUAAGGAUACAAAAUGGCAUUGGGGCAGAUGAUUAUGACAGUACAAGUCAAGAAAAUGAAGGCAGUGCUGAUACUGGUGAUGAUUGCAUAGGAAAUGCAGGGGAACGCACAAGAAGGCUAGAAGGGCACAAAACUUGUCCAUUUGAGAGUGGGGAUUCAACAACCCAACGUUUAUUUGGCCUGACAUUAAAUAGUGGAGAUCAGGAAUUAUCAAAUCUCAAACUUCACUCAAAAUCUCUUUUGCAUAAGUCGAAUUCUCAAAGGUUGCGAGGACUACCCAUUGGUUACAGACCUGUUCAUGUUGAAUGGAGAGACCUUGACAAGUGCAACGUUUGCCAUAUGGAUGAGGAAUAUGAAAAUAAUGUGUUUCUGCAGUGUGACAAGUGUCGGAUGAUGGUCCAUGCUAAGUGCUAUGGUGAAACAGAACCAGUUGAUGGAAUACUUUGGUUCUGUAACUUGUGUCGUCCAGGGGCCCCCGAGGUUCCCCCAGCCUGCUGCCUUUGUCCUGUCACAGGAGGCGCUAUGAAGCCGACAACUGAUGGACGCUGGGCUCAUCUUUCUUGUGCCAUAUGGAUACCAGAAACAUGCUUGUCUGAUAUAAAAAAGAUGGAGCCAAUUGACGGGUUGAGUAGAAUCCAUAAGGACCGCUGGAAGCUUUUAUGUAGCAUCUGCGGUGUAUCUUAUGGAGCUUGCAUCCAGUGCUCUAACAAUACCUGUCGUGUGGCAUAUCACCCUCUUUGUGCACGUGCUGCUGGUUUUUGUGUUGAGCUUGAAGAUGAGGACAAGUUACAUCUAAUUUCUAUGGAUGAGGAUGAAGAUGAACAAUGCAUUCGGUUGCUUUCCUUCUGCAAGAAGCACAGGCCCCCAUCUAUUGCACGUUUAACUGGUGAUGAUCGGAUUGUGCCAAUGCCUCCCGAGCAUUCAGAUUACUGUCCUCCAUUGAAUCCAUCUGGUUGUGCUCGAACUGAACCUUACAAUUAUUUUGGAAGAAGAGGAAGGAAAGAACCGGAAGCUCUUGCUGCUGCAUCUUUGAAGCGCUUAUUUGUAGAGAACAUACCGUACUUGGUUAGGGGACAUUGUCAACAUGCGGCCUUGGGCAACACAUUCUCAACUCAUGCACUGGCUGGUUAUAAAUUCUACCUCAAUCUUCAAAAGCUAAAUGCCUCUCAGCUUGAUGCUCCCAAAAGCAUAUUCUCAAUGGCUGAAAAAUAUAAAUACAUGAAGGAUACCUUUAGAAAAAGGCUGACAUUUGGAAAAUCUGGAAUACAUGGAUUUGGAAUAUUUGCAAGACAAGCACACAGUGCUGGAGACAUGGUGAUUGAAUACACAGGCGAGCUUGUUAGAGCGCCAGUAGCUGACCGAAGAGAACAUUUGAUAUACAAUUCAUUAGUUGGUGCUGGGACUUACAUGUUCCGCAUUGACGAUGAACGUGUCAUUGAUGCCACAAGGGCUGGAAGCAUUGCACAUUUAAUUAAUCACUCUUGUGAACCUAAUUGCUACUCAAGAGUUAUAAGUGUGAAUGGCGAUGCACAUAUAAUUAUAUUUGCCAAAAGAGAUAUUAAACAAUUGGAAGAGCUGACAUAUGAUUACAGAUUCUUUUCCAUUGAUGAACAACUUGCUUGUUGCUGUGGGUUUCCAAGAUGCCGUGGUGUAGUUAAUGAUGUUGAAGCAGAGGAACAACUUGCAAAGUUACAUGUACCAAGCAGUGAAUUGAUAAAUUGGAGAGGUGAAUGAAAGAGGAUCUACACAACAAGAGGAUGAUUGGCAAGGGUGACAGAUUGGAGGGCGGAUAUGUUCUUAAUAUUGCUGCUCUGACUUUCAAUAAUGCAGCAUGUAAUUCCUUAGUUUCCCAUGUAAACACUGUUUCUGUUUCAGCCAAUAUUUGGCAUAAUAGACUUGGGCAUUUGCCAUUCUCCAGAUUACAUGAGUUGCAAGAAAGGUUACAUUGUGAUGCAACAAAGUUUAAUAGAGCAACUCCUUGUUAUAUUUGUCAAUUAGCUAAGCAAAGAAGGUUAUCAUUUGAGUCACAUAAUCAUAUGGCUAAGUUUCCUUUUGACUUGGUUCAUUGUGAUAUUUGGGGGCCUUAUAAUGUUACAUCUCAUUCCUGUCAUCGGUUUUUCUUUACAUUGGUGGAUGAUUGCAGUCGGUUUACAUGGAUAUUUUUGCUUAAACAAAAGUCUGAUGCUGUUUCUGUUAUUCCCAAGUUCUUUAAUAUGGUUUCUACUCAGUUCAAUAGUACCAUCAAAAGCUUCAGAUCUGAUAAUGCCCGGAAUUAGCAUUCACUUAUUUUUUUUAAUGAAAAUGGAGUGUUGCAUCAGUUUUCUUGUUGGAAAGACCUCAGCAAAAUUCUGUGGUAGAAAGAAAGCAUCAGCACUUGUUGAAUGUAGCUUGUGCUCUUUAUUUUCAGUCUAGGGUCCCUCUUGAGUUUUGGACUGAAUGUGUCCUCACAGCUACAUUUCUCAUUAAUCGAACACCUUCACCUUUGCUCCAACAUAAGACUCCUUAUGAAAUUUUGUUUCAAUGUGCUGUAGACUAUUCCCAUUUCUGGGUUUUUGGGUGUUUAGCCUUUGCUUCUACACUCACUGCUCAUCGCACAAAGUUUCAUCCUAGAGCACGGCUUUGUGUUUUUCUUGGUUAUAUGAUCUCCAAUCCA